AUGAUUCCUAUACCAUUCCUUCUCUCCAAAUCAACAAGAAUUAUUUAUUCAUUAAUUCCAUUACAUCAACCUGAUCAUCUUAGCCAACUUUUCCUUAAUUGGGUAUUUUCUUCACCUUCAGAACUUUUACAUCCUCCCAUUCAACAAAUUUCUGGAUAUUUUGGUUCAGAAAUUAGUUUAUAUUUUGCUUGGUUGGCACAUUAUACGAAAUGUUUGAUUGCUCCGGCAUUGAUAGGAACUCUAAUUUAUCUACAAACAUCCUCAACAACAACUAAAAAUUUUGAAUUUUCCGCCUUCAUAAUAUUCGCAAUUUUUAAUUGUUUAUGGGCUAUUGGAUUCCUCUACAGUUGGAAAAUUCAAAAACAAAACUUAAUUCAAAAUAAAAUGCCUCUAGACUGUCAAAAUAAUUUUAAAUUUCGACAAAAUUUACUAAAAAAUAUUUGCCGACCUUUGGAAAUUUUUUCUUUAAUUUCCUUAUUAAUAACACUAAUAAUUUUAUUGAGACUACAAGAUUGGUCUAGAGAAAAUUUUGGAAGUUCUAAUUGGAAAAGUUUAGCCCCAGUUGUUUUACAAGCUUUAAUUUGUAUGGGUGCCGAACAUGUUUAUAGACGUUGUGCUGAAACUGAAUGGAUUAUAGGGAAGAGGAAAAACGAUUUUUUGUUGGUCGCGAGAUUGGCUUUAUUCCAAUCUAUCAGUUCUUUUUGCCCUUUAUUCUAUAUAGCGUUUUGGCUUGGCGAUUGGAAACGAUUACAACAAAGUUUAGCUACUUUACUCGUUACACGCCAAUUUGUUCAAAAUUUUACUGAAAUUGGAAUUCCUCUAAUUUAUGGCGAAUUACGUUUAAUGCAAUAUGCCUUUAUUCGAAAUUUGGAGGCAAAGCGUAAAGUUAGUCAUUGGAGGGCACAUCAAGCAGCUAAUAAUUUUGACGAAGAAAAUCCUAGUGAAGAGGAACGUCAGGCAGCAUUAUCAGAAUAUGGACGGCCUUUGGAUGAUUAUUUGGAAAUGUUUAUUCAAUUAGGUUAUGUACUCCUUUUUUCACCCGCUUUUCCGCUCGCACCGCUCUGUGCCUUCCUCAACAAUUUAUUAGAAGCUAGAGUGGAUGCCUUCAAAUUAUGCGCACUCCAUCGGCGGCCUUGGCCAACAGAUGAUGUUGGGGGUUGGGAUGGAGUGAUAAAAAUCAUGUUAAUUGCAAGUGUUUGGGUUAACUUGGGACUUAUUUUGUUGCGAUGCUUAACUACCGGAUGAA